AUGGAGAAAGCCUUCAAUUCUUUUCUCUUAACACUACUCUUGUUGCUUUACUAUGUUAUGGCUAGUUCAGCCAUGACCCAAACUAAUAUUACCACUGAUCAAUUAGUUCUUCUCGCUUUGAAAUCCCACAUCAUUUCCGACCCAUUUCACUUCUUGGAUGAAAGUUGGUCUCUGGCUACUUCUAUUUGCCAUUGGAUUGGCGUCACUUGUGGCUCUUGUCACCGAAGAGUGAAGUUCUUGAAUCUUUCCAACAUGACUCUUACAGGCAGAAUUCCACGUGAUUUUGGAAGCCUCACAUUUCUUGUUUCUCUCGACUUGAGAAGGAACAAUUUCCAGGGAAAUUUGCCUCAAGAAAUGGCAUGCUUGCGCCGACUUAAGUUUCUUAGGUUAAGUUUCAACAGCUUCAGCGGGGAGGUUCCUUCUUGGUUUGGAUUUUUACACCAACUUCAAGUUCUAAGUCUUAGGAAUAAUAGUUUCACUGGCUCUAUCCCAUCUUCUUUUUUUAGUAUUACAAAGCUUGAAACUUUGGAUUUAACAUUCAAUUCCUUAGAUGGUCAAUUCCCAAAAGAGAUUAAAGGUGUUGAAAACUUGAGAUAUUUUAGCUUGUACGGAAACAAUCUCAUAGGCUCCAUUCCUCCAUCACUCAUGAAUGCCUCAAGGUUAGAGACUUUGGAUUUAUCUCGAAAUUCAAUUAAGGAAACAUUCCAGAAGAGAUCGGCAAUCUUCACAAUAUGA